CAGGAUGACGUGUUGUCCGACAAAAAGCGCUACCCCACCUUCGCCCGGACCUUCCCCCCGGCCGUCCAGAUGACCGGCUCAGUUGUCUCCCUGCUCAAGUUCUACAACUGGACCAAGUUCUCCAUCGUCUAUCAGAAGGAGGAAACGCAACAUGGGCCGAGUGAGAACAUCGCACGACGGUUGGGGGAGCUGGCCUCACAACACAACAUGAGCAUAAACCACGUGAUACCCUACAACUCCAGGUACUUCCCCCAGUUCAACGUCAGCAUCUUCAAGGAGAUCAUUGAGUCGUCGUAUGUGGAUACCAGGGUCUAUGUGUUUAUCGGCCACCUGAACCCCCUAGUGGACUUCAUGAUUAACCUGGGUGACCGUGGGCUGCUGGACACUGGGCAGUAUGUCGUCAUCUAUGUGGAACACAUCGAGGGCGUCCCCAUGGAGAGGGAGAAAUAUUUUAAACGAACGUUCGAGAAGAAGCCAGGGGCGACACCCAACAUCCGGGGCGCCCGCUCCCUCCUGGUGAUCAAACCCAGCACCAACACCAACAACAAGACGGAGCAGUUCCAGGACAAGGUGCGAUCAUACAGUCAUAACAGUGGCACCUGGCGGCAACAGGUGUCCGAGUAUGCCACCAACCUGUACGAUGCUGUCAUGCUGUAUGCUGUCGGGCUGUCUGAAGUUCUGGCAGAGGGCGGCAGUUUUCUCGAUGGGAGGGCCAUCAUAAGUAAAAUCUUUGGGAAAACCUACACUAGUAUCCAGGGCUACAAGAACCGGAUAGACAAGAACGGCAACGCUGAGGGGAACUACACGGUACUGGCCUACCAGUUGGAGGAGACGGAGAAUGGCACCGUGCCCAUCAUGGCGCCCGUGGCUGGGUACAGAAUGAAUGCUGAGGGCGAACUGCCGGAAUACCAUCUUCUGGACGACAAGGCCAUCCUAUGGGUCAGCGGCCGGCCCCCCGUGGCCGAGCCUCCCUGUGGCUACCGCAGACAAUACUGCCUGGUGCCAAAAUCUUAUCUACGAGAAAUAGUGGGCGGAGUUUUAGGAGGCGUGGCUUUGGUUUUAAUUCUCGUUCUGCUACUGGUAUACAGAAACUGGCGCUACGAGCAGGAAAUAGCGGGACUCCUGUGGAAGAUCGACGCCUCUGCCAUCCAGUGUAGUGACGCAACAUCCGGUCGCUGGGACCGGAAGUUGUUGACAGACGACAACGAUAACUCGGCUAAUUGCGGCAUCAGCAUGGUGUCGAUGGAGUCCAGAAACACCUAUGCCCAGGUGUACACCUACAUAGGUAAAUACAAAGGUCAAACGGUGGCGCUCAAAACCUUCAAGGUCAACAGUUCUGACUUGACCAGGAUGGACAAGCGAGAGAUGAAGCUGAUGCGGGAGAUGCGACACCCCAACAUUAACUCUUUCAUCGGCGCGUGCCUCGAGUCGUCAGUACUCACGCUGGUCACGGCCUACUGCGUCAAGGGCAGUCUGCAGGAUGUCCUUGAGAAUGAUGACAUCAGACUGGAUGCCAUGUUCAUUGCCUCUCUCAUUAAGGAUUUGAUCCAGGCGAUGAUGUACAUCCACAGCAGCGAGCUGGUGUACCACGGCAACCUAAAGAGUUCCAACUGUGUGGUGUCCAGCAGGUGGACGCUACAGGUGACAGACAACGGCCUCAUCGACAUCAGGAACUCUAGCCGCAGCAAGGAGGAUCACUACGCUUAUUACAGGCACUUACUCUGGAGAUCUCCCGAAAUUCUCCGCAGCGGCGGCAAGGUCAAGGGCAGCCAGACAGGUGACGUGUACGCCUUCGCCAUCAUCUUGUACGAGAUCUACGGGAGGGUGGGGCCAUUUGGUCACACGGAGAUGGACCCUGAAGAAAUCGUCAGCCAGGUGUCGUGUCCAGCAGACGACGAGAAACCUUUCCGGCCUGACGUCACCAUCCUCACCUGUGACAGCUACGUCAUCGAUCUGAUAACGUCAUGUUGGGCAGAGGACCCGACAGCCCGGCCAGACUUUCACACCGUCUGGAACUGUUUGAAGCCGAUGCGGGUUGGCAUGAAGAGGAACAUCUUUGACCACAUGCUGGCCAUGAUGGAGAAGUACCAGGAACAUCUGGAGGAACUGGUGGACGAGCGCACAGAGCAGCUGACCGAGGAGAAGAAGAAGACGGAGACCCUGCUCUACAGGAUGUUGCCUAGGUCAGUGGCUGACCACCUGAAGAAGGGGGAGUGUGUCAUCCCUGAGGCGUUUGACAGUGUCACCAUCUACUUCAGUGACAUCUGUGGGUUUACCUCACUGUCAGCUGAGAGUACGCCUAUGCAAGUUGUUGACAUGCUAAAUGACCUGUACACCUGCUUCGAUUCAAUCAUCAAGAAUUUCGACGUGUACAAAGUGGAGACGAUCGGUGACGCCUACAUGGUGGUGAGUGGUCUGCCCCUGAGGAACGGGAACCAGCAUGCUGCGGAGAUCGCGUCAAUGGCGCUGGCGCUGCUCAAGGCCAUCAGGUCGUUCACCAUCAGACACAAGCCAGACGACAUGCUCAAGCUCAGGAUAGGCUUGCACUCGGGUCCGUGUGUGGCGGGUGUGGUGGGGCUGACCAUGCCCAGGUACACGCUGUUUGGUGACACGGUCAACACAGCCUCAAGGAUGGAGAGCAACGGAGAAGCGCUAAAGAUCCACUGCAGUGGUGAGUGUAAGAAAAUUCUGGACGCCAUUGGAGGAUUUCACCUAGAGGAGCGGGGUCUAGUCACGAUGAAGGGCAAAGGGACGCAACUGACGUACUGGCUACUUGGUGAAGACAAGUCUAAAAGGACCGACCUGACGCCCCAGGAUCAAACCACGCCCAGGAUCAGCCACGGCAGCAGCAGCAGGGAACUCUACCCUUCAGACAAAACCAUCAGAGCCAGUCCCGAGCCACCCACGCAGCCCGCCACUCCAUCGUUACAUUCUCAGCACAGCAGCCAGCUCUUCGUACCCACAGACCAUUCCAAGUCGGGCUCGAUCCCUGAGGGCAUCAACACCAACAUCAACACCAACAUCAACAUCAGCACCAACGGCAUGCAGAAACAGUACCUCAGCCCCGCACUCAAAGAGCGAUCCAUCCGCUCAAAUAAGGGCUCUGUCAAUGACGUCACGUCUCUGCGACGUUCUGAUUCGUUGAAAAAACCGCGGGAUUAUUUCAAAAGCUACUGUGAAAAUAAUUCGUCUGCUCCAACUGAAGUGACGACUUUACUUAUGGAGUAUUUUCCCCAGUCGACGGGCAAUGGCACGCACGUCUAG